CCGUGUUGUUUUGCAAACCACCAAAAAGUUUGAUAGAAGAAGAAAAGGAUCAUCGGCUUGUUUUGUGCGUGUGCAUGAAGGUUCUACAGAGCACGCAUGCGCAGUUUGUCUGCGCUGUGCUCCAUCGGCCGGUAGAAGAGCGAACGCAACAUCGAUCUGUUGAGCAUAGGGUGCCAGUGAUCUGAGUAAACCAUGGCUCAGUUUGGGGGACAGAAGAACCCGCCAUGGGCAACUCAGUUUGCUGCUACAGCUGUGUCCCAACCAGGUCACUCUGCACAGUCUCUUGACCUCAACAGCCUGCACUCUCUGGGUGUGCAGCAACCAUCGCUCCUGGGUGCAUCUCCCUCUGUGUAUUCUCAGCAGUCUUUGGCUGCAGCUUCCCUGAGCAACCAGACUGCUGCAAAUUACCAGCUUACUCAGCAGACUGCAGCGCUACAGCAGCAAGCAGCGGCAGCAGCUGCUGCAGCUGCACUACAGCAGUCUCAGAUCAAUACAGCCCUCCAACAGUAUCAACAGCAACAACAACAGCAGCAGCAACAACAGCAACCUCCUCAGCAACCUCCUCAACAGCAGUUGUACAAUGUACCUCAUCAGGUGAACCUUCCGCAGGCCCAACAGGCGCUGAUUUCUCAGCCUCCUGUGGCCUUGCCCACCAGUCUGAGUCUGUCCAACCCGCAGCAGACGGCACAAAUUACUGUGUCCUAUCCAACGCCACGUUCUAGCCACCAACAGCAGACGCAACCACAGAAGCAGCGCGUUUUCACUGGCGUCGUCAACAAGCUACACGAUACCUUUGGCUUUGUGGAUGAAGAUGUCUUCUUUCAACUUAGUGCUGUGAAGGGGAAGACCCCUCAGGUAGGCGACAGGGUGUUAGUGGAAGCUGUGUACAACCCCAACAUGCCCUUCAAGUGGAACGCCCAGCGUAUUCAGACCUUACCUCAGCUAGGAAACCAGUCGCAUCAUCAGCAGCCUCAGCCUUUACCUCAAUCCUCCCCGCAGCUCAGCAGCCUUUACAGCGAACCAACAAUGCAGCUGCGCUACUCGGACAUGCACCCCACUGUGGACACCAGACAAAAUAGCCAGUCUCAAGCUCCCAACAUGAUAAAGGCAGCUCCGACCAUUCUGCAGUCACUACCUCCCCCAACAACAUUCAGUGUCCCAGCUCAGGCCCCUCCUGCUUCCCUGCUGCAGGCUCAGCUUUCUGCUGCUUCUCUAGUGCCACUACUCCAAAACCCUCCUCAGCCUCUGCUGCCACAGCCUCCGCCCAAAGAUGUCUUUCCAGGAGGUCUUCUUCAGCCUCCAGUCAGGAUGAUGCCACAGCCUGUCCGGAGGAUUGAACCCGUGCCUCGCUUCACCAGUCGCAAUGAUAGAGUCCCGGAGCUCAUCCUGAGGACUAAGGAGGAGCGCAGCCGAGACAGAGACCGUGAUCGCAGGAGGUCAAGAGAGCGGUCCCCCACACGGAAGCGUUCAAGAGAUCGAUCUCCAAGACGUGACCGCUCACCUCGGCGGCCCCGUAGAGUGGUGCCUCGAUACACAGUUCAGUUUUCAAAGUUCAGCUUAGAUGGCUCCAGCUGUGACAUCAUGGAGCUGAGGAGGCGUUAUCAGAGUCUCUACAUUCCAAGUGACUUUUUUGAUGCUGCCUUCACCUGGGUGGAUGCAUUUCCUUUAAUGCGGCCAUUCCAGUUAAGCAAUGCUUGCAACUUCCACAUCUUGCACAAAGAAGUGGAUCCCCUCGUCAAGAAUACAGCUGUGCUGGACCCGCCUGAUGCUAACCACACCUACAGUGCUAAGGUGAUGAUGCUAUCUAACCCCAGUAUAGAGGAGCUCUAUCACAAGUCCUGUGCUCUGGCAGAGGAUCCCCAGGAAGUCAGAGACUCCUUCCAACACCCUGCUCGACUUGUUAAGUUUUUGGUGGGAAUGCGGGGUAAGGAUGAGGCCAUGGCCAUUGGUGGUCACUGGUCUCCCUCUCUGGAUGGAGCUGACCCAGACAAGGAUCCGUCUGUCCUUAUAAAGACAGCUAUACGCUGUUGCAAGGCACUCACAGGCAUAGACCUUAGUCUGUGCACUCAGUGGUAUCGUUUUGCAGAGAUUCGCUAUCAUCGGCCGGAGGAGACACACAAGGGGCGGACAGUCCCUGCUCAUGUGGAGACAGUGGUUUUGUUUCUGCCGGAUGUUUGGCAUUGUCUUCCUACCCGCUCAGAGUGGGAGGUGCUGUCACGGCGACUCCGGGAGCAGCUGUCUGAGAAGCUGUCGGCCGAGCGAAAGGAGGCGAAUGGAGAACAGGAGGAAGAGGAGAAGGAUGAAGAAGAAUCAAAGGAAGUUUGUACUCCUACUCACUGGGCGAAACUUGACCCGAAAUCAAUGAAGGUAAAUGACCUACGAAAAGAGCUGGAUUGUCGGGCUCUAAGCUCUAAGGGUUUAAAGUCACAGUUGAUUGCCCGUCUCACCAAGCAGCUGAAGGUGGAGGAGCAGGUGGAAGAGACUAAGGAACCCGAACAAAUGGAGAGCAAAGCUCCCGAGGAAGAGGAGCCAUCUCAUCCCGAAGAAGACCGAGAGGAGGAAGAAAAGAAGAGACAGGAAGAACUUGAGCGGCAGCGAAGAGAGAGGCGCUACAUCCUCCCCGAAGAGCCAACCAUCCUCGUACACCCGAACUGGGCCGCCAAGAACGGCAAGUUUGACUGCAGUGUCAUGUCCCUGAGCGUGCUGCUAGACUACAGACUGGAAGACAACAAAGAACAUUCUUUUGAGGUUUCCCUGUUUGCUGAGCUCUUUAAUGAGAUGCUGCAGAGAGACUUCGGAUACCGGAUAUAUAAAGCCCUCGCCGCUCUUCCCACCAAAGAUGAGAAGAAGGAAAAAGAGAAGAAGGCCAAAAAAGAGGCAGAAAAGAAGGAUGCUGAAAAGCAUGAAGUAAAGAAGGAAAAAGAUGACGACUACACAGAGCCACCCAUGAAGAAAUCCAGGGAUGAAGAAGAGGAGAAAAGGAAGUACGAUCAAAAGGUUGUGAAAAAAGAGUGGCCUCGUGACGAGGAGGAGAAUGAAGAUGAUGCAGAAGAAUAUGACCCCAUGGAGCCUGAGGAUGCAGACGAUGAUGAUGAGGAAGACAGGGAUGAUGAUGACUUCAAUGACAGGGAAAGGAGAGACCGCAAAGAUGAUCGUAAGUCGUCCAAAGAAAGGUCCUCUAAAGACAAGGAGAAGAAACAAAUGGUCACACACAAUAAGGAGCUGCUGAUGGCGUUCGUCUACUUCGACCAGAGCCACUGUGGCUAUUUGCUGGAGAGAGACCUGGAGGAGAUCCUGUACACCCUCGGCUUGCAUCUAUCGCGUGCUCAGAUAAAGAAGCUUUUGAACAAACCGGUGGUCAAGGAGUCUUGUUAUUACCGUAAACUGACAGACAGAGGAAAAGAUGAGCCUCUUCCUCCUUUUAGUGAUACUCAGAUCGACAACAUUACCGGUAACAGGGGGCUACUGCCGACUUCUAAAACACGCGUUCAGGCAGAAGCCACUGAAUCUGGCAACAUGAUCGUGUAUAACGGAGCCAUGGUCGAUAUCGGGAGCAUGCUACAGAAACUGGAUAAGAGUGAGAAAGCAAGAGAGGAGAUUGAACAGAAACUCAUUAUCCAGGAUGCUAAAAUUGAUGAAGAUACGAAGGUGAAGGAGCAGCUGGAGCAGGCCAACAAGGUAUUGACCAAGGAGCUGGAGGAGGUGAAGAACACACUGAGUCAAACUGAGCGCACCCUGAAGACUGUGGAGGAGCAGAAAACAAACUAUCAUGCGCUGCUUCAGCAGACGUCAGACACACUGGUGUCCACUGUCAAAGAGCUGACCGUUACACUGAAAAAGGACUCUGAUUUGAACCAAACUGGUGAUGAAGUGCAGACAUCCGAGACGAACGGUGCUGAUGAAUGAUUGACACCUUUUAAAUUAUUGACACAAAUCUGUGACACUGAUUGUCUUUAAAAUGUGUAAAUAGUAAGAAAACAAGCAGAAUUUGUUUUAUUUGGACCUACUGUCUCAUAAGUACAUGUAUAAAUUUAUUCACA